GAGGGGUUGAGAUGAGCGUACUACUGCCCAAUAUGGCGGACUUCGACACUAUCUAUGAGCUGGAGGAGGAGGAGGAGGAGGAGUCCGAGCCUGUGGUGCGGAGCCAGGAGCUGCCCCGGCCCCGCGACGCGCCGGAUCCCGUAGCGGUACGGGGCGCCGGGCACAUCACCGUGUUUGGCUUGAGCAACAAGUUUGAUACAGAAUUUCCUUCUGUUCUGACAGGGAAGGUUGCCCCAGAAGAAUUCAAGACCAGCAUCAGUCGUGUGAACGCCUGUUUAAGAAAGAAUCUCCCUGUCAAUGUCAAAUGGCUGCUAUGUGGCUGUCUGUGCUGCUGCUGCACGCUAGGCUGUAGCCUGUGGCCUGUAGUCUGUCUUAACAAAAGAACUAGAAGAUCAAUUCAGAAGUUAUUAGAAUGGGAAAAUAACAGACUAUAUCAUAAGCUUGGUUUGCACUGGAAGCUCAGUAAAAGGAAAUGUGAAACUAGCAAUAUGAUGGAAUAUGUUCUUUAUUGCCCGGGCUAUGCUUUAAUACACAGACAUUCAUCAGGUAAUUAUAUCUCACAAGACUCCAAAAUCUCACUUCUGACAAUAAGUAGUCAGGUAAACCUAUUUAUGGAGGAUAUUUGUUAAUUGGAGAAAGAAUUUGUAGCAAUGUAACAGAUUAAUGUUAGCAAAGUGUAGUGGAAGUGAUAAAGUGCCUUGACUGGUUCCAACAAAAGAGAGUAAGGAGAAAAGACUAUGUAGAGAGGCAACAGGGACCAUCAGUAGUGUGAGUUUGCAGCAGGUUUUUAAAAGCAAUUACUGUCUAACAAAUCUGUUUAAUCUUUCAUAUAAACAUGUUGGUGCUUUCUAGUUUAUUUAGGAAAUGUUUGGGUUUAGAUCCUAAGUUUUGUUUCUAAGGAGUACUACAGUACUAAAGUAGUACUACAGUAUUAAACAAGAGUACUAAGGAGUACUCUUAAGGAGUACUACAGUAUUAAAUAAGAUUGGCAUAGCAUCAAAGCUCUUACCUACUGAUUCCUCACCUGCAUCUGUCAAGUUGUUUUAACCAUAAGAUGGGAGAAAAAGUGUUUUGGGACAUGCUCAGACAAGUCUAGGAGGUGUGGAUUCAGUUGUAGAUGGGUGACUUGAAAACCAAAAACAUUUUUGCUGAAUCUGGUGUGGUCUUGGUAAAUAAAAAAAGUUCCUAUGUUUUCCUUGAUAGGUACAAAAGUCCAUAUGCAAACCCACACAGCAUCUGUUUAUUAUUGUCCCACUGUGACAGUUUACUGCAUUUAUUUGUCAAUAUGCUACCAUUGCAGCAAUAAAAAUGUCAAGCUAUUAAUAUUCACUGUAAAUAAUUUAUUAUUUUAGUAAGUCAUGUGAUGUGAUUCUUCUGCCUUUUUUUGGGUUUGUUUUUUCUGCUUUUGGUGUUCUGACAGUGUUGUAACAUUACUUGUACUGCUUAAGAAAAGCGAGUUUCUUUAAGCUGUUUGAAACAUUCUGGUUUUACCAUUUUUAUUCUGUUUACAAGUGAACAGCCACUUUUUUAAUAGCACCUCACAUCUUGAGAGAGUUGGUUUUUUUAACUAGAAUUCUAACUGAGCUCACUUUCUACAGUUUACUGCACUGGCUUGUGCCAUUAAAAGAAGCUGGAAGUCAGACAUGCAUAAUCAU